AUGAAGAACCUGGACCAGUAUGGACGAAGUCACAUGAAGACUCAGAUGGUCUAUGCAGCUUUGUGCACCCUGGUGUUGGUUCUACUUGGACUGUUGGGUUCGGCCCACAGCUGUCCUGGUGUUUGCACCUGCUACGGUAACACCACUGACUGCUCCGCCAUCGGCCUCCUCUCUCUGACACCCAUCCUCUCGCUGCUGGACCAGGACUCUCUGGUACUCCGCCUACACCAGAACAACCUCUCCUCUUUGGGCAAAACAGAGCUGGCAAACCACAGCGGCCUGGAGCUCUUGGAUCUUUCCCAGAACCACUUUUCUUCCCUGCAGCCGGGAGCUUUCUCAGGCUUGAGCGGCCUACGCUGGCUCAACCUCUCCACUAACUACCUUGGGGUAGGCCUGGUGUCAUCUGACCCCAACAAUAGCACAGAGGCCACACAAGGCUUGAAAGGAAGCCAGGGAAGAGUGGGCUUGAGCAAGGAGGUUUUCAAGGGGCUGUGGCGGUUGCGAGGCCUCGACCUGUCGUCCAAUGGGCUCCUUUGGCUGCCUAAAGGCCUACUGAAUGGGUUUCAGAGACUAACCUGGCUGUCCCUUGCCAGAAACCAGCUCGUGGCCCUCGACAGAGUCACCUUUGAGCCCGUGGUGGGUCUGCAGCAGCUCCAGCUGGCAGGAAACCCCUGGGAGUGCGACUGCAAGCUGAGGGACUUCAAGCACUGGAUGGAGUGGUUAAUUUACAGGGAUGGGCAGGUAGAUGGCAUGAAGUGCAGUCUCCCUGGGGAUUUGAAGGGCAGGGACAUCCGCAGUGUGCCAGCAGAGAUGUUCAGCUACUGCCUGCAGAGUCCAGCCAAGGAGGGCGGGUCAGGUUAUGCCACCCGGCCUCCCUGCCCACCCGGCCGGGUCAGCAGUAAUGAGGAAUGUGUUCGGCAGCGUUACCGCCCUGUAAGUGUGCGCCGGGCACACGGCACGCAAAUUGUUGCAGGGGUGGUUUGCGGUACGGUGUGUGUCAUGAUGGUGGUUGCGGCAACUUACGGCUGCAUCUAUGCCUCGCUUAUGGCGAGAUACCAGAGGGAGAUGAAGAGCCGUGGGCAGCCUCUGAUGGCCGAGUGUGGAGCUGAGACUGACCUGGAGGAUGGACUGUCCCCCCUAACCUCGCCGGAGGAGACACCACCCAAAGAAACUUGUGGCAUUGUGCACGGGUAUCGAAUCAGUAGCUUCUGAAAUACUGUUUUCUUAUUUCUGAUUAUUCACCCUACCUGGACAAUUUGGCUCCUCUGCUCCGGACCUCCCAUCACUGAUGAGACAAUGACAGGAGAGAGAAACCCUGCAGCUCUACCAUUGUGCAGAAAAUUUGUGGGCGGACCGAUUGUGCCACUAAUGGAACGGACUAGAUUCAGUGAAACUGGAAUGCUGCAGCCCUUCCUUUAAUGUAUGGAUGCUCUGUGAAUUGUUAUUCCCCACGCUGCAUCUCUCAGCCAGCUGUGAAGCUGCUGUUUUUGCACUUCUGCACCUUGAAUUAUCUUAAUCUAUACUUUUGUUUCUUUGUUAGGAAUAUGAAACAACCAAUUUAGUAUAAAACCGUCUGUCUGUAUCUGAGCCCAACAAGCACAAGUUCAAAAAGUUCAGUACAAAUGUUUGUGAAACCCUAAAAAUUGAUCUUGAGUUUAUUUAAAGUCUUAAACAUCACCCAUUUAAAUCAUCUUUGUUCCUCUGAUAGGUGGAUACCCUGUUGAACACUUAACCUUACAUCAUAUCACAAUCCUGCUGUCGUGGGAGAUGCUGCUUUAAGCUUCACCACUGAGAUAAACUGCAUCCCAACAGAUACUGGAGCUGUACUGCCUCCUAGAGGGCAAACUAUGAGCUACAACUGCUUGGAAUCCAGCACAUACAAACUCACACGCUCAAUGACUCAAACAUUUAUAUUCUUACCACAGCAAAGUAUGAGACCCUGACUGAAAGUAUCUGAGGCUGUCAGCCGGUAUAUAUGCUGUAACUUUCAUAAGUGUUAUUUAGUUUGUC